GCCAUUGAACAGCUCUAAGAUGGCGGCUGUCGGUCAGCGUCUGCUGGGGUUCGGUGAUGUUUCCUUUUCCGAAACAGACCAAGAUGCAAAUUCUGCGUUGACAGAACUUGACAAAGGUCUGAGAUCCGGGCGAAUAGGAGAACAGUGUGAAACAAUAGUACGAUUUCCUCGGUUGUUCGAGAAGUAUCCAUUCCCAAUCCUAAUCAACUCUGCCUGUCUGAAAUUGGCAGAGGUCUUUCGUGUCGGGACAAACUUCUUGCGUAUGCUGGUGUUGAAAGUUAUGCAACAGAGCGACAAACAUCUAGACAAAAUCCUCAACAUCGACGAAUUCGUACGUCGCAUUUUCUCAGUGAUGUACAGUAAUGAUCCGGUGGCUAGAGCUCUUACUUUGAGGACAUUAGGAAGUAUCGCUCCUCUGGUCUCUGAACGACAGAGCUUGCAACACAGCAUUCAGAACAGCUUAGAAUCCCACGAUGCUGUCGAACUUGAAGCUGCAACAUACGCCGCGGCACGCUUCGCUGCGGCCUCCCAAGCAUUCGCAGCCCACAUGUGUGGACGCGUUGGAGCCAUGGUCGGAGGCCUAGCGACUCCCGUGGACGUGAAGCUACGUCUUCUUGGCGUCCUCCAGCAAUUGCGGCUGGACGCACAGACGGCAGCAGCUGUACGGUCUGCCUGCCUGUCCCUCCUUCGAUCUUAUCCAUCGCAGCAGAUUGUCGUGGCUGCUCUCAGGGUGCUCACGAGGUUGGCAGCGGCAUCCGUUACUGACAUUCCACAGCAAAUUGAAACGCUAAUUCAGUACCUGAGAGAAGACCCCAGAGAAGGUGUGAAGGUUCAGGCGCUGGACGAUUUGUGUCAUCUGGCCCAGGAGCGACCUCAUCUUUGGGACACGAAAAACGUACAGGCUGUUGUGCAGUACGCAUUGACAACCCCCUACUUAAAUUUAAAAUGCGGUGCAAUCUCGGUGCUCAUUCUGCUGGCAAACUCUGUUGCAGUCGACAAGUUUGAUCUGCUUGCAGAAGCAGAAGUUCUGGAGUUGUGCCGAGAGAGCAUGUUCCACCACCAAGUACGUCUGGCGUCUGCUUCCAUUCGUCUGCUAACGCACUUGGCCAUCCACGCUCUACAAGAGGAUAUCGUUUUAGAAGGUACCGACCUGGUACAGGAGGUGUCGAGUGCCAUCGAGACGCUUCUGCUGCUGUUGUGCUCUCAAGAAGGGAACGCCAAUUUGAACGCUCUAAGAACCUGUCUUCAGUGCAUCGUGCUGCUCUGCGAAACUGAUUCUGAUCUCUGCUCCCAGUUUGUGGACAUCCUCGGAUCUUUCUUGUCGCAUUGGUCCGGGCAGGCCCUCGCUAUGGUAUGCGAGUGUCUCUGCGCGCUUGGAAGCCGUCGCUGCGGCGUUCUGGCUCGCCUCGAGUCGCAGAUAAGAACGAUACUGCGACAGCAACACAACCCUGGUGCACAGGAGCUAGAUUGGAAAUCGCUAGUCCUGCUUUGUACUUUAGUUUUGCAAGCUGGCGUGGAGCAAAGGGGCGUGUCCCCUGCCCCCCUCGACUGCCCAUUGGACCCCUGGAGCGCGUAUCGCGUUGCCCGCCAGGCAGCACGUUACGGCCAUUUUGCCUUGGCAGCGCCCAUGUUUGUGGCGCUCUCCAACAAGGUGAGCUCGGAGCACCUGCACUUCUGGCUAACAAGCCUAGCGGAGCUAUCGCGGGCCGAAGAAUGUCUUCAGAAUUCAAAGUCUCGUGACGACGCACUGGCACACUACUCACGAGCUGUUUCUGCCCUUAAGGCAGCAACGACUCCCACUCAAGCACUGCAGUUCCAGACAGAAUAUGUUCGCCUGCGGGGUGAAGCGGUGCGGUCCCAGCUUCAGUUAGCCCAGGCCUGCAGUCUUCUGCGGACAGCUCCGCCACCAGCGAUUGCGGCCGCCUUGGCCCAGGCGACACGCGACGACUUACAGAAAUGUGGCAGGGUGGUUGCCCAAUUGCGGAAAUGUUCACGUGAGUUUCGUGCGCUAGCCGACACAUACGGCGCACUUUACCAGACGCUCUUCGAUGCGGACAACGGCACACUCUAUAACGUUCAACUAUUACAACAGAGUGCACUUCUGAUAGCACAGGCUGUGGACCGUAUUUCUCAGUACAAUCAAGGUAUCAGCGGGACAAACGAGGAAAAUGUGGCGUGGUUGGAACAGAGCAGGACCUCGCUCGGGGAACACAGGCUCGUGGAGGCUGCUCACAGGGUGCUGUUGUGGCUCCGAGACCUUCGAUCCGAUAACCAGCUCACUCCACAGGUAGUGCCAAUCUCGUUUAGCUCGAACGAGCUCACUGGUAACUCGUUGAUGCAGCAAGUCCAAGUUGUCGAGCGCAUCAGUCAAGAAAUAGUGCUGGUUCCACUCUGUCUUCCUCGCUUCUUCUUCCAGUCUCUCCAAUCUACUACUAUCAAGCUGGCAGUCUCUCCGCAACAGAAAGGCCCCAACGAACCCUUGCCCAUAGCGCCUCAAAGCCAACUAUCUCUGCGUGUCGAAGGUGUGGUGCAGAGAAGGCACAGCAGCGGCUCCACGGACGACGGGUCAAGGACUCCGCACCGAAUCAUUCGUCAGGUUCUCGUGACAGUUACGAGUCAGUGCUUAGGAGGGCCACCUCAACGCACUCCUCAUGAUGCAAAGGCUUCUUCAGAUGGACUGCAGUUAAGCCAAGCUGUGCGACCACAACAUGACUACUUUCAGGCCCAGUUUCUCCUAGCACUUCCAGGGGCAGGCCUUCACACGAUUAUUGUAGAUACGGCCAUCUUAGAUGAACAACUAGCACUCUGGCGUACAGGUCCACAGACACAACUCACUGUACGUGUCCUGGAUGACGCCAAAGGUAACUCCACACCACGUCCAACGCCUCCCAGACCCACCACAUAGUUUAUGCUUGUGUGCUCGCUUCAUUUGUUUCAUAAAGUGUGUCAAACACCUA